CGCCCAUCCUACCUGAUUGGCCAAGCAACGCAAACCAAACGCUGCGCAACACACAAAACUCCACAAUAUAAUAAUCACCGUCCAUUCCUUUAUCCACGGCUACAGAUUCUCCAACCCCAAAUAAUCCUUUAUAACCUCUCUUUUGUGUUUUUACCGUUCGACCCAAAAAAAAUCUGCAACUUCUGAAAAAGUCUCGCCAGUCUUCUUCAGUCUUCUUCCAAUCUUGCGCCCAAAUUUCUCUCGUAUUUACACCAAUGUCCUCGCCUUCCCCGAUCCCAAUCUCAUCCCAACAAUCCUCCCACAACCACCAAUCCUCCUUCACCAUCCCGAUCCCAUCCCUCCGCCCCAUCCUCACGCGCCUCUCCGGCCUCUCCCGCCACGCGCUCUCCAACAGCCGCCCCUGGACCGAGCUCAUCGACCGUACCGCCUUCUCCAGACCGGGCUCGCUCUCCGAGGCCGCCUCGCGGGUGCGCAAGAACGUCGCCUACUUCCGCGUCAACUACCUAAUCGUACUCGCGGUCGUACUCGCCUACUCCCUCAUCUCCCACCCCUUCUCUCUCCUCACCCUAGUAACCCUCUCAGGCGCAUGGAUCUUCCUCUACGUGCUUCGACCGUCCGAUCAGCCUUUAGUGAUCUUCGGCCGCACCUUCUCGGACACCCAGGCCCUGUUCGGGUUGGGCCUCGCGACGCUGAUUGCUAUCUUGGUUACGAGCGUAUUGUCGCUGAUUCUGACGGCGGUGAUGGUGGGGGUAGUGAUCGUGUGCGCCCACGGUGCAUUUAGAGAUCCCGAGGAUCUGUUCCUCGACGAUCAGCAGCCGUUGGCUUCCGGAUUCACUUCAAUAUUCGGCGGUGGGGCUUCUGCGAGUGCCAGUGUGAUGUCACGUGUCUAGGUUGUGAUGGUUGAUUGUCGGGACUCGGAAGGCGUACAUACUGAUUAGCUACACAGUAUCACACUCCCGUGGGUCGGGUCAUAGGCUUAGAUCGAUAUUCAUUACUUAAAGACAAUUUGUUUUGUUCUCUCAAGUUUGCAUUUUUCUUUGUUUCGUUGAUGGCAAUUUUAAUUGUAUCUGAUUUUAUUAAUUCUAAUACCAUAAAGCUUUUUUCUUUUAACA